AUGGGUGUUGCUCUAAUCAACAACAACAACAACAAGCCUCAUGUGUUGGUGUUGUUAGUAGUCUUGAUUGCUUCCUCAGUGGCAGAGAAAACUUCUGUUGUGGAAGGAAGGACACUUUCCUUAACAUCCCAUCAAGGGUACUCUAAAAAUUUAGCGACACUUGGACUUGUUUGCAAGUGUUGUGAUGGGGUUGGAGGUGCCUGCGCAACCACAUGGACACACUCUUGCUCUAACCUGCAAUGUUCUCCUUGGAAAUCUCACUGA